AUGAGGUUCAGCGCUGUUGCUACCCUUUUCUGGGCCUCACUCGUUGCCGCCCAAGAUCCUCCGUAUACCGGUGUGAUACGAAGUUAUGACUUCACGAUCAAACGAGAGAUGAGGGCACCAGAUGGGUAUUACAAACCUGUUCUGCUAAUCAACGGGCAAUUUCCAGCGCCCUUGAUUGAAGCGAACUGGGGAGAUACUAUUCAGGUCACAGUACACAAUCAAAUCACUGGACCCCAGGAAGGAACUGCUCUCCAUUGGCACGGCAUCCUGCAAAAGAAUAACCAGUGGGAGGACGGCGUUCCAGGUGUUUCCCAGUGUCCAAUUCCGCCCGGAGGAAGCUUUACCUACAGCUUUACUGCUGAUCUUUAUGGUACAUCUUGGUAUCACUCCCAUUAUUCAGCACAAUAUGCAGGAGGGCUCAUUGGUCCGAUGAUCAUCCACGGUCCAGAUACUCUGAAAUACGAUAUUGGUCCAAUAUUGCUCACUGAUUGGUAUCACAGAGAUUACAAUGAUAUUGUGAAGGAUGUUGUGGGCACAGAUGUGACCAAGAUUGCUCCUCCCUCUGACAGUAAUCUAAUAAACGGAAGAAACAACUUCAAUUGUUCUGCGGUUGCCACCGGUGAUACUGCUUCUUGCAAAAGCAAUGCUGGAAUCACCAACUUUAGACUUAGCCCGGGAAAACUUCACCGGCUCAGGUUAAUCAACGCUGGUGCAGAAGGACAGCAGAAGUUCUCGAUAGACGGACAUAUUAUGACUGUAAUCGCCAACGAUUUUGUGCCCAUCAUUCCGUACGAUACGAAAGCUCACUCAAGCCUAGUGGUCUCUUUGGCUAUCGGUCAGCGAACCGAUGUACUUGUCAGGGGUCUCGAUGGAGCUACAGGUGCAUAUAUAAUGCGGUCCUCAAUUGCUUCCGCGCCAUGUUCCCUAAGCAACAAUCCCGAUGCUACAGCAAUUGUGUAUUACAAGCAUGACGCUCUCACUGCUGGAACUUUUAACACUACUGCCUGGCCAGAAUUCAAGGCUUCAGUUGAGGGUGUGUGCGUCAAUGAUGACUUGAGUAAGACUGUGCCAUGGUAUCCUAUUACGCCCGAUCCAAACCCACCAACCACAAAAGUGAUCGACAUCGAUUUCCAAAAAAAUGAGACGGGCAACUUCCUUUGGCUUAUGAACAACGUCUCGUUCCGCGCCAAUUACAACCAGCCCAUUCUUCUUUUGUCAAACAUGGGUAACAACUCCUAUCCUGACAGCCCGGAAUGGAAUGUUGAGAAUUUCGGAUCAAACUCGUCCGUUAGAAUAGUCAUAAACAAUAACGGCGCCGCUGGGUUUUCCUCACACCCCAUCCACUUGCACGGCCACAACAUGUUCGUCUUGGAUGUUGGGACCGGAAGCUGGGACGGAAGUACAGUGAUAAAUCCAUUAAAUCCACAACGCAGAGAUGUACAGAUACUACCAGCGAACGGGUAUAUGGUGCUACAAUUCACAGCAGACAAUCCAGGAGCGUGGCCGUUGCAUUGCCACAUCGCGUGGCAUGUGUCUGCAGGUCUAUAUGUGACAGUCUUGGAACGACCAGACGACAUUGCGAAGCUCCAGAUUCCGAGUGUCGUAGCUCAAACCUGUCGGGAUUGGUCGGCGUUCACGAACAUGGCGGUGGUUGAUCAAAUCGAUUCUGGCUUGUGA